AUGAAGUUGUCAAGGAGGGCGUCCGAGCUCGUCGGUGAAUUCUGCUUCAGUGAUUUCUUCCCCCACUUGGGUUGGAUGGAUAUUGUGACAGGAUUGGUGAAGAGAUUGAGGGAAACUGCAGAGGGACUUGAUGCUUUUCAAGGAAUGUCAAAACUCGCAAGACAGAAUUGUGUCAACAACGCUGGAGUGGGCGAUGGUACGCCUUAUCAAAACCCAACCAAGAUAAGCAAAGCACAAGAAGAGGUUGCACACUCCAGCCCCUUUCCUGUUUCCUCGAGAAUUGACCCAGAGUACCAAGCUGGAAGGACAAGGAAUGGGCUAGGGAAGGAGGAAGGUAAGGGGGGAAGGGGGGAGCUUGAACAAAGUACGGAGGAGAAAAAUAGGGAAUGGGUAGGCCAGGGCGGUGACUCGGACAGCAAUGUUAUAUUGUGCAUUGGUACUCCCGGAUCUUUAAGGGGCAAUCAGGAGUCCUGUAGGGUACGGGGUGACGUGGGAAGCUGGGGACGAAUUUCUUCUUACGGGGUUUUGGUGAUACACCCCUGUAUUGAGGAUGGAGAUUUGCCCUUAGGGUAUGGCUUGAGACACCUCAGAGGGAGUUUGGGUGUCAGCAUUCAUGUAUUCACACGUGGUGUAACGCCCAGUGGUGGUAGCCGUCACAAGCUGAACCUCUCCUAG